ACAGUUCAAUGCACACGAACCCAACAAACAUGUUUGCACACGAACCGAAUAGACUUUUUGCACACAUUCCUUAUGAUGAUGCAACACUAUUGAGAAGAAAAUAGUUCCAGAAAUUUUAUAGUAAUCUAUUGUAAAAAAUAUUAAAAUUAAUACUUUAGUUUUUAAUUAACCUUUUAUUAUACAUUUUAUAGUUUCUUAUAGCAUAAUUUAUCCUGUUUAUGUUGAAAUUGUUUGAACCCGUAGAAUGAAUAUAAGCUCGUCUCUAUGACUGAUUCAUUCCGCUUCCAUGAUUGAAAGAAGAAAGUUACGCACCAAGUUAUUUUGCUUUAAACCGCAUUAAAAUGGGGCAUUAGUCGUUGUAACGACUCUCGCACACACGAAAGUGUGUACAGAACAACUAUUAAACAUGGGGGCCAUCAUGGCGCAAUUUAUUCUUUUCUUCGUCGCCCUGACGACAGGAGACCAAGUAGAGUCGAGCAAACGUUACGCAGAGCUUCCAGUCUUGUCUCAUGUCCGUGACGCUAUCAGCAGCAGCGGUGGUGGGUAUGGACGACUUGAGCUGGAAGGAGGAGCCCUUGUCCCCGGACUUGGGCGGCCUUGACGUCGGGGCAGGCAUCUCCUGGCCCUUCGAUGACGAUGACGACGACGUGGCAGAGCAACUGUACCCGGCCAAGGAGGAGAAACCAGAUGUCCCUGCGCCUUGCGGCAGGGCGGAAGCAGCCGCCAAGUUGCUUCAAGAUCUCAACGACUGGAUCAAAGAAGAGCCUUUUCCAGAAUGGAUGGAGGAAAAAGGCGAUCUUGGAAUUUUUGAAAGCCUGCCGUUGGAAACAAGCAACUUGGCCAUCCCCGAGGCUGUGAAGAAACUGCCAGUUGCACAUAAGGAGGGCGUAUCCGACACUUCAUUUCUGCUCCAAGAAUUCCAGAGCAUUUACGACCAGUUAGAGCUAAACAAUGCAUCCCUCACUCCUCCACAGAGUCCCACGUUACCUUCGUACACAAACAUUUACAAUGUCGCAGACAGCCUUGUUAUCAGCCAACCACAGCAGUUGGCGCAAGUGCAGUUCAUUCAAGUUACUCCCUUGGUCCCGGCUGCUUACCUGGGAAAGAAAGAUCCGUUCGUGGUUCCUGUCGCCUUCGUGGAAAAAAAACCAGAGGAACCUCUGUUGACUUCUUUCGAGCAAAUAGUCCCGGCCACUCCGUCGACAGAUCUGGCACAUGAGAUGACGGUCGUGGAUGAGUUGGUCCGCAUGUGCGCCGACGAGAUGGUCCCGGACGUCGAGACCAGCAGCACCUCGGGGAAGUCUUGGGUGGAGAAUGGGGAGCGGGAGUCCCCUGUUUCGAGCGACGGAGGUUCCGACAGCGAAGUCUUGUUCAGCUAUCCCCCGAGUCCUUACUUGAGUUCGAGCAGCAGGAGCAGUAGCGGUGACGAGGAUCCCGACUACGCUCCGUGCGUCGUCCCGCACUCGGCCGGGACGGGCAAGGGCGGUCGCGGGAAGAAGCGGAGUGCCAAGGAUCACGUCUCGCCCGCUCCGGACGAGAAGAAGAUGCGCAAGAAGGAGCAGAACAAGAACGCCGCCACGAGGUACCGCAAGAAAAAGAAAGCGGAAAUAGAGGAAAUUCUAGGUGAAGAAAAGGGGCUGGAGGUGAAAAAUGAUGAACUGAACAAGCAGGUUGAAGAUCUUUCUAGGGAAAUUCGUUAUCUUAAGGGAUUCAUGCGCGACAUUUUCAAAGCUAAAGGAUUCAUAAAAUAAGCUAAAUGUAACGUGUAGGGCAUACAAAUAUGUUUGCCAAAUUAGUAAUUUCUUGGAGUUCAAGUAUCGCAGGUAUAAAGUAGUACUUACUGGUGUAAAUUAAAUGGACACAAAGUUAAUGUUAAGUCUUUAAGUUUUAAAAUGUUUGUAUUUUUGUUUUUUAUGUUGCUCUGCCACUUCGUUGAUCAUACUUGUAACGUCACGUUUGUUUUAGAGUAUACUGGACCGAAAACGGGCGUUGUGUAGUAUAAGGCAGUUCACUAUGAAGAGCUUCUUCAGCUUGAAUGAUAAGAAUUGUGUUGCAUUACACUAACAAAUGUUUUCAGUUGCAGCAUACUGAAAAAAUUAGGCUAGGGUUGGUUCGUUCCAUUGCAUUAAUGUUCUGAUUAAUGUUUCUAAAUAUACUGGUACAGGUUUUUUUUAUUCCCGUGAACAGUGAACAGAAGUCAUGUUCCACUGAACAUACAUGCUGUUCUUAAGAAGAUACUUGCAAUGUUUUGAGUAUACAGGUACUAGAGUGAAACCAACAGUGAAAAAAAUAAUUACAUAAUUAUCUUUUGAUAUUUUGUGUGCCUCUAAAAUGUUCAGUUUUUAAUUCAAUUUAUGCUUGAUAUUUGCUUAACUGCUGUUUGUGGUUGCAUCCCACAUAAUUGAUCUUUUGUGUCAGUGUAGAAAAAAAAAGCUUUUGAGAAACAUGUUAAAUUAAUAAUAUUUGCUGUGCCCAACAGAAAAUUAUACAUUACACUUUUGGGCCCAAUUGAAUUUUCAUGGCUGAAAUUAAUUUCUGGAGCAAUGUGAACCAACCUUUUCCUAAUUGAUAGGUUUAUUUACCACAGCGCAAAUAUUCCAUUUCUAUAAUAGUAGUUUUUUUGGAUUUAAAUAUUUAUUUUUAUAAUUAAAUGUUUACAUAGCAGUGUCACUAAUUUUUGUGUACUUUAUUUACUGAAUAAUGUGGGCAAAGGCCAUAUAUAUUUGUAUUGAAUUAAAUAAAAAAAUUUAGAUUUCACUGUGUCAA